AUGGAUCCACUCUCAAUAACCGCUAGCAUCAUCGCCCUUGUGCAAGCAACCGUGGGAAUUACGAAAGGCGUCAAUUUCAUUCGUUCGUUAGGCCAGAUACCACUUGAGUUUAGCGGGCUGGUAAACGAGCUUUCAACGUUGCAGGCCGUAGCUCAACAGGUUCAGACAGUGCUACGAGAAUUCGAAAGCCCAUCAUCGAUAACGAAUUCAGAUCCUCGCCUACAAGCACUCGAUCCUGGUCUCCUCGUUUCUUUAAAAGACGAGUUGGCUCAGACCACCAAGGAUCUAAAUGCCAUAUGCGGUCGGCUGAAGACGCCUAAGAAACGGAGCGCAAAGCGGUGGUGUAACGAUGAAGAAGACAUUUCGAAGUGGAGAUGGCAAAAGGAAAAACACAAUAUUGUGAGACUUCAACAGAAAGCCAGACAGGCCCGGCAGAAUCUAAGUUUAUGCUUUACAGCAUUUAUCACUUCUCAGACACACCGGCAAACUAAACUCAGCAUCAACAUACAAGAAUUAUUGUGUACCUCAACGCAGAGCAUUUCUUUGCUUCAAAAACAAUCUAAUUUGGCGCGGGAGGAAAACCUAGCACUCCACAAAGAGCUCCAAGGCUCUAUUGCUCAGCUUAACCAAGGCCUAGCUGGAGCCAUCCCCACACCCACAGCCACAGCCAAUCCCAUCAAAGUUGAGACCCAGCCCAAGACACCUAGUUCAAUACCGAUGGUGUACUUCAACGCUUCUCUUUCACCGGUGUGGCUUAGUUCCUUGAUUGGCCAUCUCUUCCUGGAGUACAAUGUAACACCUCUCGUUCAGCACGUUGAAUGCGAUGCAACCGCAUGUAAAGCAAAGGCCCCGUCAUCUCUACGACUAUAUUAUGCCUUCCCUCGAUGGCUUUUAGCACGUUCGAUCGAGCUCGCUAUUUCUUGGUCCAGCCUCACUGGGUCUGGUUCAUCUCUUCAUCUCCGGAUUCCUAGGGUCAUAAAUACUCAUAACAUAUGGCGAGCUAUAGAGUAUGACGACAUGAACUGGGUCCGAAUUAAUAUGGCGAAUAAGAACAUACUCCCUACAGAUGUCGCCACGUGGGGAGGGUCGCUUGCUAUGAUGGCUAUGUUCUAUUGCCGAUCUGAAAUGGCCAAUUAUUUUAUUCAACAAGGUUGCGACUUCUAUUCGAAGGAUGUGUUUGGUCGAUCGGUCUCAUCAGUUGUCAAAGAAUACACGAUUCAAUAUAUGAAUAAUCCUCGUGUCGAUCAGCGCAUACUUAAAGAAUUGUCGUCACUUUCACCCAUAAAUUCAAGAGGAUAUCGAGUUGCUUUACCUAACGAAAACGAGUUAUCAUCUACUCUUCGUUUAUUAGAACCGGCCGAUUUGAACCGCCUGGAUGAUUGUGGGUAUGCGCAUUUACACUGGGCCGUACAAAGAGGGGAUAGAAGCGCAGUACAGUCAUUAUUAGCUGCAGGAGCAGCGCCAAACUGUCUGAGUGUAAGCGGAUUGACGCCUCUUGUUCUGGCCGUACGAAUGAGCAACGUUGGUAUCGCCGAAUUGCUUCUAAAUAAUGGAGCAGAUGUUAAUUUCUAUAAUAAGAAACACUUACUAACGGCAAUUACUGAUGCGUUCGGAAAACCUGAGAUGUUGCGAUUACUCCUGGACCGCGGGGCGUACAUUACUUCUUCACGUAGAGACUUCGUGACUGAAACCCCACUCGACAUAGCGGCAGAAGACUACUACAAUUGGGAUAAUGCUCCGGACCAUCAAAUCAGAGAACUUCGAACUUCGUGGGCGGAGUCUUUGUCCUGUCUUAUCAGCGCCGGCCUUGAUAUCAAUAACCAAGAGAAUCUCGAGCGAACAGCUCCUAUCAUGAUGACGCUUUUGAACCAGAAUGUGAUUCUUCUCGGCUUACUUAUCAACGCGGGCGCAAGGCUGGAUGUUGUUGACUGUUACCAGAAUAACAUAUUGCAUUGGGCGGCAACAUCAAACCUUGCAUCCAUCGAGGCUCUCCGUCGCGCCAAUAUCAAUUCCAUAGACCCGGAUAUGCCUAAUAAAUUUGGAAACUCCCCUAUGCUGUUGGUUACGCAGCGGAUGUACAAGCCCGAUGAGGAGUUUGGACCCGGAGAGCAGCCUCUCACUGCUGAUGGGUUUUGGGCGUUUAAACAACUUGUUGACGAGAUUCGUGAGCGGUAUGCGGAGAAGAGGCGUCUAGACUCGGUGGAUACUAGGCUAGAUAGUAUCUCAAUUGGUACCGCCUCUGUUAGUAUCAGCAGUGUUAAUGGGUGUUGGGGCGGUAGCCAGACGUAUACGCUAGGUAGCAGAGAAGGAGGUGUGAUACGUGCUAGAUCUGAUGAAAGCGGAUGCGAGGAGUUCUUUGACCCCUGAAACCAUCGAGGCAGCCGACUACGAUACCCUCAUUAAGAUUUCUUGGACAACGGUAUCGCCGUCACCUUGGAAUGUUCCCCAACAUCAUUCAUUGUGACCAAGUCUACCUAGUGAGCGGGCAUUAGGAAAUUAUUAGAAUUAUAUUUCAUUAAUUGGGGUAUCUUUGUUGCUUCAAUACAUGCUCAAUUCCGACGCCAAGUAACAGUUGAAAACACCAAAACAAGCCAACCGAACCUCAACCCCCAAGCUCAGAAUCAUCAUGCGUAGGACCCAAGAGAAUCUCAGAGUCCGGUAAGUGACAUUACGUUAACAAUUAGGUUAAGUAGAGUCGUAGUACAGCGUUGAAAUAUCAUCAAGAGUACCUAAGUAUCGAUUCCUUUCGAGGCUUAGACGCGAGUUCUGUACCAAGUGCGGCGACGGUAGGCGCGGGAUUCCUUCUCGCGAACCCAGAAUACGCCGACGAUUGCUGAGACGAGCCAGCAGAUAGCAGACAGGAACGAGAAGGCGAUGACGGCCUUCCACUUUCCGCACUGGUCGCCGUUCCGGAAGGAGACAUUGCCCCAAUCAAAGACGUAUCCGCAUGUGCCGUUAAGGAA